GACAGAUCUAUUGUGGCAAUUUUUCUUCUUAUCUCAAGUUAUCUGUGUCUGUGAGGCCUUCGAUCAUGUUUUAUUUUUAGUUCAAGCGAUUCAUACUAGUCUUUGAAGAUAUAAACAUGUCUUUGAACAAAAUUGGAAGGUCUAAAGAUUGUGAAAGUACCGCAAAACAACGAUGGAAACUUCUUGGAAAGGCUCUUAUAAACAAAGGAUUAAGAAAAAACAUAACCAGUGAGGUGUCUGUACGGAGAUUCAGUUCUUACGGAUUGUUGACAACCAAAAAAAAUAUUUUGCUUUCACCAUUGUCAGAGGACACAGAGAACUAUUCUUGGUUUCAGUAUUCCAGUCCAUCACACAAAGAUUUCUGCAUCACAAUCAGACAUCUCAAACAGCAGUUCUCCCCUGAGGAAUUGAUAGGUUUCAACAAUACUGGGAAUGUCUGUGUUUGGCCUUCUGAGGAAGUCUUGGCCCAUCACUGCCUGACUCACAGAAGCAUAUUCAGAGAGAAAACAGUUUGUGAGCUCGGAGGAGGCAUGACAUGCUUGGCUGGUCUUGCUGUUGCAUGUUCUUCAGAUGCUACAAGGGUCAUUCUUACCGAUGGAAAUGAUUUAUCCUGUAAAAAUAUAGAAGUCAUCGUAGAGAAAAAUAAGGGCACAUUUAUAAAUACUCCAGUUGAUGUCAGAAAUGUGAGAUGGAACGAGGAGAGUAGCUACAUAGACCUCAAGGAUAGUGUAGAUGUCAUCAUCUGUGCAGACUGUUUAUUCUUUGACCAGUAUAGGUCCGAUUUGGUAGACACGAUUCAUUGUCUCCUGUCUUCUGAUGGCACAGCCAUAAUAUUUGCUCCAUGUAGGAACCGUACACUGGAGAAGUUUUGUCAGCAGGCAAAGUCUAGAUUUGAUGUCACCAUAGAAGAUAAUUAUGAUCCUACAGUUUGGAGUGUAUUUCAACAGGCCAAAGCCAAAGGAAAAGAGGUCUUUGAUGAGGAUAUCCACUACCCCCUGAAGAUAACACUUACCAAGAGAGGGCACCCUAAGAUCAGCCAUCAUACCAGUAACAGAGUUCACUUGGAUGUUAACCACAGUACUGAAAUAAAUGGUCACACAGAAGUCAAGCAAUGGGACUGUACUAAAGGUCACUCCGAAAUCAAGCACCUCAAUGGAGGUGUACAAGGUAACAGGGUAGGUUGAAAGUUUUAAUGUAGCUGACCAUCCAGAGAUCAACAAUCAGCAAAAAGGUUACGUCAAGGUAAUAAUCUACCGGAGGUCGAAGCUCGCUCAAUGCUGCAGGUCUCACAGAGGUCAUUCAACUGGACUGCAUGCAGUGAAUACCUUGAAGUCUGGCAUAUAAUGCUCGAGUCAAGGUCUGAAUAGAGAAGAAUGUAACUCACAGUCAUUAUAUUAAUGAGCUAUAAAACGUUAUACAAUGUUCUUACUAGUGUCAUAGUAAUUUUUGUGAGAAAUGAUGGCCUCCCUAUAGUCAUCCAUCAGUAAAGACAUGAAAACAUCCUUCGCAAGAAAUCAUUUGAAUGGUAGGAUUAUGAAUGCAUUGCUGAAUUUCCAUAACCACACUCCAUACUGCACUACUCCUUGAGGGGAAUAUAGUGGGGCUACUAUUGUCAUUUCAUUGGAUGCUUUUCAAUUUUUAGGCUCUUUAUUUUGAGGGCUAUAAAAACUGCAUCCGGCUUGAACCAUCUUUUGGCCACUGAAAAAAAAUGCACCGGAAAUGCUUAGUGGCCAAACAUUCAAUUUCAGUACAGGUCAGUGUCAGGUUUAUUGUUGUUCCUUACCCUUUGCUCGGCUAAUGUCUACAAGUAAAACUUAGGCUUAAUUACCUCCCACUCAUUAGAUGUAUUGUCUUUCCAAUACCAUCUCUGUACUACAGAGUUGCUGCUACAAACUAAUAAGAUUAUAUAAAAUCGCUGUGAUGGCCUACACCUUUGACUCAGUAGAAUCUACCCAUCUUUAUUUUGGAAUGUGAUGUUUGCUUUUGUUGAGUUGGUUUUGAGGCAAGAGUCCGAGGUAAGCAGCAUUCUUUCACUUCCAGAACUUGAUGUCGAUCAUGGGUAUUUACACAUAAGUAGGUGUUGUCGUAUGCCCAGCCACAGGUACAGCUUCACUGCCCUAUUUUAUUACAAUUAUAGUGAUUUUUAUUUUGAAAACAUUCCAUACUGCUUGAUAUUGUCAUUACACUCAUGCCAUAAAUAAACCUGCACAUGGCAGGUACUACAUUCUCUUCUAUGUGUAGUGUCUGAGAGAAAGAGAUCCUGUUGUGACAGAGACCUCUCCAAACUCACAUGAAUCAAUGCCUCAUGUGUUUAAAUGAAUUAAUAAACAUUUAAUUGUUUCAUAAAAUUCCUUUUGGAGCGUACUUUUUAAUAACAAUACCUGUAAUGAUGAUUUAGGCAUAUUUUUAACUAUAAAAAUCCAGCUACAUACGAUAAUAUUGAUUGAUCUCUACUUGCAUUAGUAAAUGGUGCCUCAAAUGGUUGCUUGUCCUGAAACCCGGCACUGUUUUGUUGUAAAUUCAGUGAAACGAAAUGUUAUUGUGAUUAAUCACCUUAGUCUAAUAAAAAAAGUCUGCAAUCAAUUUUGAGCACCAGCAGUCAUCAUUAGCAUGUCAACCAUGACACAUUUCAAAAUAGCUUGAACAUGAUACACUGAAGGUUUGUCUCUGUCUCCUCCUUGGUCACGAUCCUGUGGGAAAAAAAGAGAUUCUCUACCUAAUCUUGGUUUAA